AUGACCAAUCUUCGAGUUCUGCUGCACAUCGCUGCUCAGCGUGACUACGAGCUCCACUCUCUUGACUUCAGCACUACGUUCUUACAGGGCAGCCUGCACGAGGAGAUCCGGCUGCACUGCCCACCUGGCUUCACUGGGUCGUUCCCUCCUGGUACCCAGUGGAGCCUCCGGCGGCCAGUCUACGGUCCCCGCCAGACACCCCGUGAGUGGCACGACACACUGAGGACUACUCUUGCUACUCUUGGGUUUGCUCCUUCUACUGCUGACCCGUCGCUGUUUCUACGUACCGACACCACUAUGCCUCCGUUCUACGUUCUUGUCUACGUAGACGACUUGGUCUUUGCUACUGCUGACACUGAGGCACUCGCCCACGUGAAGUCGGAGCUGCAGAAGAGACACACGUGCACAGAUCUGGACGCUUCUUGGGCUGAGGACCAGGCUACGCAGCGGUCGUCUCAGGGUUACACCUUCAACCUUGGCUCUGGUUCAGUUUCUUGGCGUUCUAGUCGCUCUUCUUCUGUUCUUAGCUCCAGUUGUGAGGCUGAGAUCUACGCCACAGCCAUGGCUGCACAGGAGUUACGCUGGCUCACCUACCUACUGACCGACCUGGGAGAGCGGCCUCGUUCUCCUCUAGUGCUGUAUGUUGACAACAAGGCCGCCAUUGCCUUGUGUUAG